AAAUCGAUGCGAUGGUAAUCGGUUGUAGAUCCUAGAGUUCAGGGGUCACUCUCGAACAGCGCUGUGGAAGGAGACGGUUCUAAAAGCAUCUGUUUAUUUACAAUGUUUCUCUUUAUCUUUACCGAUUUACUCACGAGCUACAUUACAAACGGCUUCCCCAGUUAAUAAAUCUGUAUACCGUUUCGCUAUUCUCUCUUUUUAAGUCCAGAAUUAAACCUGACCAACGGCAAACUGAUAAGUUGUUAGCCACUAAGACUUGUUUUAGUUUUCUGAUCAGGUGUUAUAAAGAGAAGAGUUUCAACUGCUUGUCAGAAGCAUAUACAGAAUAUACUGUCAACAUGCAGGAAUUAAUCGCGUGUGUCGACCACAUCAAGUUUGAUCUUGAAAUCGCUGUCGAACAACAGUUGGGCGCUCAGCCCCUGCCUUUCCCAGGAAUGGACAAGUCUGGAGCAGCUGUGUGCGAGUUCUUCAUGAGAGCCGCCUGUAUGAAAGGUGGAAUGUGUCCUUUCAGACACAUCAGUGGAGAAAAGAGCGUGGUGUGCAAACACUGGCUGAGGGGCUUAUGCAAGAAAGGAGACCAAUGUGAAUUUUUACAUGAGUAUGAUAUGACAAAGAUGCCUGAAUGUUAUUUCUACUCUAAAUUUGGGGAGUGCAGUAAUAAAGAGUGUCCAUUUUUGCACAUUGACCCAGAAUCUAAGAUUAAAGAUUGCCCCUGGUAUGAUAGGGGCUUUUGUAAGCAUGGUCCAGAUUGCAGGCACAGACACACAAGAAGAGUCAUCUGUGUAAAUUACCUUGUUGGCUUCUGCCCGGAGGGCAAGUCAUGCAAAUUUAUGCACCCAAGAUUUGAACUCCCCAUGGGCGCAACUGAACAGCCACCAUUACCACAACAGGCUCAGUCUCAGCAGAAGCAAAACAUGCAGCCCACAAACCGGUCCUCACACUCACUCAUCCAGUUAACCAAUACCAAUGUCAACAACAACCAGAGAAUGCCGAAUGCUGUUGGGAUAAUGCACUCUAACAACAUGGGUGGACCUCGCGGUCCCCGUCCACUGGAUCAAGUUACGUGUUACAAGUGCGGUGAGAAGGGCCAUUACGCAAACAAAUGCUCAAAAGGACACCUGGCGUUUUUGAGUGGACAGUAAAGUUUUCUACAAAAGGAUCUCCAAUAAAUGCGACUAUAACUUGCAAAGGGACAUAUUUAAUUCCUGGUACAUUAAAGAAAUAGUUCACCCAAAAAUGAAAAUUUGCUGUAAACUGACUCUGCCUCAGGCCACCCACAAGUUUUUCUUCAUCAGAACAGAUUUGGAGUAAUUUAGCAUUGCAUCACUUGUUCACCAAUGCAUCCUGUGCAGUGAAUGGGUGCUGUCAGAAUGAGAGUCAAAACAGCUGAGAAAAGCAUCACAAUAAUACACAUGACUUGUAUCAAUUUUCAUAAUGUGAAGUGAAAAGCUGCAUGUUUUUAAGAAACAAAUCUGUCAUUAACGCAGAUGGAUUUUUAAAAUGUUUUAUCAGUUGUUUGGUCAUUCUGACGGCACCCAUUCACUGCAGACGAUCCAUUGGUGAGCAAGUGAUGUUAAACUUCUCCAAAUCUGUUCCAAUGAAGAAAAAACUCAUUCUCAUCUUGGAUGGUCGAAGGUAAGAACAUUUUAAUUUUGGGGUGAACCAUUUCUUUAACUCUUCACUGCAAAAGCUACAUAAACGUGGCUCUACCUCACUGUCCAUGUGCCAAGUGCAUCUUCGUUAGUACACAAUGAGAUAGAUUUUUCUUUUACUUUCACAUGAAACCUUAUAGUCUUUUGUAUUGGAGCAACAAGCAUCUUGACUGCUUAAACUCUAAAGCAAUGCUAAAAUUAGAGCGAAGUAUGUUUUUAGAGAAAAUGUUCUGUUAACAACCAAAAGUAUCAAGGCAGAAAGGACACCGCUUUGUAGUCAAUCAAGAUACUUGUUUAUAUUAAAUGAAACUGAUUGUUGAGUUGUUGUACUUCUUACAAUAAAGAUUUACCGGAUUUAUGAAA